GGGAGCUGCUUGACCCCAUCCUGACCCGGCCUUCACCCGCGCUCCCCGCUGCCAUGAAGAGGAAGCCGGGGAAUGGGCGGGGGCCGGACCCUGCGGCCCCCCAGCAGCGAGCCCGCUCUGUCACCAAGCCAGCAGAGUACGUGGGAUCCUUCAUGGUGGAGGAGCUGGACCUGCAGCAGCGAGCGGGGCGGGUGGAGGAGCAGCUGCAGGCGCUGAAGGACUGUCCCCGCAGGAGGUCGGUGGUGCUGAGGUUCAGCUUGCAGGGGCUGAAGGUCUACGGCGCUGAUGGGGAGACGCUGCUGAUGGCACACGCGCUGCGCCGCAUCCUGUACAGCACCUGGAGCCUCCCCGACCGCCAGUUCGCCUUCGUGGCCCGCAACCCCCAGAGCCCCCCCAGCGCCCUCUUCUGCCACCUCUUCGUGGGGCUCCCGGGAGAGGUCCAGACCCUGCACCUCCUGCUCUGCCGCUCCUUCCAGCUCUGCUACCUCCUGGCGCACCCCGAGGAGCAGGCGGCCGAGGGGGAGCUCCCGGGGCCGGGGGUGCUGCGGGAGCCCCUCAACCCCGAGGAAGUGUCACGAAAUGUCAACGCCCUCGUGUCCUUCCGGCGCCUGCCCGGCCUCGGCCCGCUGGGCACCGGGGACCGGCGGCCGGAGGCGGAGGGCAGAGCCUGGCGCCCGGGGAACCCCUACUGCUCGCCGGUGCUGGUGCGCAAGAAAGCCAUUCGGAGCAAAGUGCUGCGCUCGGGAGCCUACCGGGACUGCGGGGCCGAGGGGCAGCUCCACCAGCAGCCCCGCGACGCCGCGGCGGCGGGAGGGGAAAGCAAAGGGGCGAGGAGCUUGGCCUUCCUGCCCGAGAACGAGCGCGUCCUCGCCGAGAGCGUGUGGUCCUUCGCCGGCAUCGCCAGGGCCGCCGGGGUCUCGCUGCUGCGGCGGGACGUGCCCGGUUCGUUCCUGCUGCGUGCCGAGCCCGGGCUGCCCAAGCGCUGGUGCCUGUGGGUGCGGGCGCCGUGCGGCGUGGUGAGCUACGGCGUGCUGCGGACACAGCACGGCCGCUUCUGCGUGGAGCACUCCAACGCCGAGUUCUCCAGCGUGGCCGCCCUCCUGGCGCACUACUCCGGGCCACCGGGGGGCUGCUUCUGCCGCCUGGGCCCGGGCCGGCGCAACCCCGGCUACGAGGAGCGGGACCGCGGCGGCGGGGCCAGCGCGGGGCCGGGAGAGGCCGCCUGGGCCCCCGCCGCCCCCGCCGGGGCGCAGCACGAGCGGGGAUAG